UCCCCAAAAGGAAAGUCCAAGUCCUCUGGAUGAAGGCAAUUCCGCUGCUAGGCAACGCCAACAACCCCAACAUGGCUAACAUCCCUGAGCAUAGGGACGACGUCAGUCACGCCCCACCUUUAAGUUCAAAGAGCGCGUCGUCCAGCAUGACGAGGAGGAACACGUAUGUUUGUACUGAGAGUAAAUCAGCAGAGCGACCCUCAGUGGUGCAGAACGGCAAAGAGAACAGCGCUGCUGCAAACCCCCCUGAGAGGUCAGUGGGCGGAGUCUCCGCCCACAUUGUGAGCAGUGGAGCAACACCACCCGACCGCCUGCGUUUCCCUCGAGGGACAGCGAGCCGCAGCACCUUCCACGCCGGUCAGCUGAGGGACAAACGAAGCCCCGCCCACAACAGCCCCCCCGCCUCGCCCAGCCUUUCCCAUGACGCCCAAUCACGAGCCAGAGGGUCGACCAACCUCUUCUCCAAACUCACCUUCAAGCUCACGCGCAGUCGGAACAUAUCAUGUGAUCAGAAGGAGGAUCCUGGUUCUCCUGCUGCUCCACAGCUGCGGGAGUCAAAACCUCGCUCCCUGAGGUUCACCUGGAGUAUGAAGACCACUUCCUCCAUGGAGGCUCAUGACAUGAUGAAGGAGAUCAGGAAAAUCCUCGACGCCAAUAACUGCGACUACGAGCAGCGUGAGCGCUUCCUGCUGCUCUGUGUCCAUGGCGACGGACACCUAGACAGCCUCGUCCAAUGGGAGAUGGAGGUCUGCAAACUUCCCCGCCUCUCGCUCAACGGCGUCCGCUUCAAACGGGUAUCCGGAGCGUCCGUCGCCUUCAAGAACAUCGCCUCCAAGAUCGCCAACGAACUUAAGUUAUAGAGACGGAGAGGAAGACAGGGUCAGAGACACACAGGGAGGGAGAGGAAGACGGGUCAGAGACAGACAGGGAGGGAGAGGAAGACAGGGUCAGAGACACA